AUGGAAGUUAUUAGAGAUGUACACCGAGGUAUUGGAGAUUCUGAACACUCUAAGGCAAUGGCCUCACAUAGAGGAAAAAACACUACAUAUGACAACAUUGCGCAAAGAUUUUUUUGGUAUAAUAUCGCUGCUGAUGAUAGCAAGUAUAUUAGGAGAUGCGAACAAUGUCAAAAACAAGGUAGCCUAAAGUCUCCAAAAGUAGAAUUGAAGUCUAUACCAGUACCAUCAAGAGUAAUGGAACAAUCCGAGGCUAAACCUAUCAAGGAAAAAUCAGCUCAAACUGUUUCUCGAUUUUUGUAUGAGAUUAUGAGUCGGCAUAAGUGCUUUAAAAUCCAAAUCAAUGACCAGGGUCGGGAGUUUGUAAACGAGGUAUGUAAACAACUACACGAACUAACUGGAGUAGAGCAGAGAGUUACGUCUGUUUAUCACUCUCAGGCAAAUGGAUUGGUAGAACGUCAAAACCGAACAAUAAACAACUCUUUGGUUAAGGUUUUGGAAGGUAAUCUUAAAAUGUGGCCGCAAAUUAUUGAGGGUAUUCUUUUUGCUCAUCGCGUUAGUCGACAUUCUUCUACUAACUACUCUCCAUUCAUACUGAUGUGUAAUCGCGAACCAAUUUUGCCAAUUGAUGUUAGGCAUAGCCUUGUCAAAGACGAAAGCAAUAAACAAGAACACCGAGAAGAAAAUAUAGACGUAGAACAACCAUUCAAUUUCAACUUUUUUGAUGCCGUAUUUUCAUUAACAAGUAAAGUCAGAGCAACAAUCAUGUCUGAAGCGAAAAUAUAA